CAUCAACACCUACAAUAACGACAACCCACUUCGCCCCGUCAACACCCGCCACCGUCGCCCUUGCUCCGGAAAUUCCAACCAAACCAUCGGCGAUAUCGGGUACACGCCAUCAGCAUGCCCGCCACCACAGCAGAGACGCUGUCGCUUGUGACCCGCAACGUCUCGGUCGCGCCUCUUGUGCUUCUUUCGGCAGCAGACCACUAUGGCCGGCAAGCAAAGGGCACCAAGCGGAGAGUCGUCGGCGUGCUUCUAGGCCAGAACGACGGCAAGAAUGUACGCGUGUCCAACAGCUUUGCGGUACCGUUUGAGGAGGACGAAAAGGACCCGUCGGUAUGGUUUCUCGACCACAACUACGUCGAGUCGAUGAACGACAUGUUCAAGAAGAUCAACGCGCGCGAGAAGCUCAUCGGCUGGUAUCACACGGGGCCCAAGCUGCGGGCGUCGGACCUGGAGGUGAAUGAGCUGUUCAAGCGCUACACGCCAAACCCGCUGCUGGUCAUCAUCGACGUGCAGCCCAAGGAGGUGGGCGUACCCACAGAUGCCUACUUUGCAGUCGAGGAGAUUAAGGAUGACGGCACAACGACUUCCAAGACGUUUGUGCACACGCCCUCGAUAAUCGAAGCCGAGGAGGCGGAAGAAAUUGGUGUCGAGCACCUCCUGCGUGACAUUCGCGACGUCGCCGUCGGUACCCUCUCCACACGCAUAACGUCACAACUGCAGUCGCUGCAAGGGCUACAUUUGCGGUUACGAGACAUUGGACAGUACCUGCAGAAGGUGCUGGACGAGGACUUGCCCGUCAAUCACGCGAUUCUGGGCAAUCUGCAAGACGUGUUCAACCUGCUUCCCAACCUGUCGACGCCCAAGGCGGCGCCGGUGGGCGGGGCGACCAACGGCGUGGGCGCAGCAGCGGGCCAGGCGGGCGGCGUGGACAAUGGCGAGCUGGCGCGCGCCAUGAGCGUCAAGACCAACGACCAGCUCAUGGCGAUUUACCUGUCGAGUCUGAUCCGGGCUAUUACCGCGUUCCACGACCUGAUUGAGAACAAGAUCCAGAACAAGCAGCAGGCAGAGGACAAGGAGGCCAAGAAGGACGAGGCCAAGGAGAGCGACAAGGACAAGAAGGAUGACAAGGCGAGCGGCGAGGCCAAGGAGGGGGACAAGGCCAAGGAAAAGGCCAAGGAGGAGAAGAAGAGGGGAUGAGGGGGGGUAAGACACACUUUGGGGGGAAGGGGUUGAGGGGGUUGAGGAAGCACGGGGAAGCACCGGGCCAGAAGUAGCCGGCUUUUGCAGCGAAGAAGUGUACCAUAGCACUGGGCGCCUUGUGGUGGUAAUGGGCAUGAUUAUAUGAAUGACAUGACCGAUUGAGUGG